CUCAGAACCCGGAGAAGGAUAGUAUGCCUUCUGGAUUAAUACGUUGAGGUUUUUUUUUUUUUUUUUAAAUCUCUAGUUAGUUUUUCUUGAUGAUGUGAAACUGGAUAACAAUGUCUCCCAGAAACGAGAAGUGUGACGUGAGAACAAGCCGUCUUGGACCUAGAUUAUGAACAUUGGUUGUUUUGAAAGGAAUGUGCAGGAGACAGCCUUUGCAAGAAAAACUUGCUGCAUAACCUUACAUGGGCUAAAGAUGAAACUUUAAACCGGCAAAUCAGCCUUGAGUGGAAUUUGACAGAAGAUGUUCCAACAGUUUUCUCUCUGCAAAUGGUUCGCUUCAGGGAUUAUCCUCGGUUGUCUCUUCACAGUCUGCUCGGGCCAAUAUGAUGACGACUGGCAAUAUGAGGAUUGCAAACUAGCUCGAGGAGGACCACCAGCCACCAUAGUUGCCAUUGACGAAGAGAGUCGGAAUGGUACAAUUCUGGUGGAUAACAUGCUGAUCAAAGGAACUGCUGGAGGACCAGACCCAACCAUAGAACUCUCUUUAAAGGACAACGUGGAUUACUGGGUAUUGUUGGAUCCUGUCAAACAAAUGCUUUUCCUGAACAGCACAGGCAGAGUUUUGGAUAGAGACCCUCCAAUGAAUAUACACUCUAUUGUGGUGCAAGUUCAGUGCAUCAACAAAAAAGUGGGCACUGUUAUCUACCAUGAAGUUCGAAUUGUGGUGAGAGACAGAAAUGACAACUCACCCACAUUCAAGCAUGAAAGCUACUAUGCCACAGUAAAUGAGCUCACUCCAGUUGGCACCACAAUCUUCACAGGAUUUUCAGGAGACAAUGGAGCUACAGACAUAGAUGAUGGCCCAAAUGGACAGAUAGAAUAUGUUAUUCAGUAUAAUCCAGAUGAUCCAACUUCCAACGACACUUUUGAAAUUCCACUCAUGUUGACUGGAAAUGUAGUGUUAAGGAAGAGGCUCAACUAUGAAGAUAAGACUCGCUACUUUGUCAUCAUCCAAGCUAAUGACCGUGCACAAAACCUAAAUGAACGGCGAACCACCACCACCACCCUCACAGUGGACGUUCUGGAUGGAGAUGACCUGGGUCCAAUGUUUCUUCCAUGUGUCCUCGUGCCAAACACUCGUGACUGUCGCCCACUCACCUAUCAAGCUGCCAUACCUGAGCUGAGAACUCCAGAAGAACUGAACCCCAUCAUUGUUACGCCACCCAUCCAAGCCAUUGAUCAGGACCGGAAUAUCCAGCCACCAUCAGACAGGCCAGGCAUCCUCUAUUCCAUCCUUGUUGGGACUCCUGAGGAUUACCCAAGAUUUUUUCAUAUGCAUCCUAGGACUGCAGAGCUUAAUCUCCUGGAGGCAGUAAAUAGAGACUUUCACCAGAAGUUUGAUUUGGUUAUUAAGGCUGAACAGGACAAUGGUCAUCCUCUUCCCGCUUUUGCCAGUCUACAUAUUGAAAUACUGGAUGAAAACAAUCAGAGUCCAUAUUUCACAAUGCCCAGUUAUCAAGGCUAUAUUCUGGAAUCUGCUCCAGUGGGAGCAACUAUUUCUGACAGUCUGAAUUUGACCACCCCUCUAAGAAUUGUAGCUCUGGACAAGGAUAUAGAAGAUACGAAAGACCCAGAGCUUCAUCUUUUUUUGAAUGAUUACACUUCAGUCUUCACUGUCACACAGACUGGAAUCACUCGCUACCUCACCUUACUUCAACCGGUGGACAGGGAAGAACAGCAAACUUACACCUUUUCGAUAACAGCAUUUGAUGGUGUUCAAGAAAGUGAGCCAGUUAUUGUCAAUAUUCGGGUAAUGGAUGCAAAUGACAACACUCCAACCUUCCCUGAAAUAUCCUAUGAUGUCUAUGUUUAUACAGAUAUGAAUCCUGGGGACAGUGUCAUACAGCUCACUGCAGUCGACGCAGACGAAGGGUCAAACGGGGAGAUCACAUAUGAAAUCCUGGUUGGCGCUCAGGGAGACUUCAUCAUCAAUAAAACAACAGGGCUUAUCACCAUCGCUCCAGGGGUGGAAUUAAUGGUUGGACGGACUUACGCGCUCACGGUCCAAGCAGCGGAUAAUGCUCCUCCAGCAGAGAGAAGGCAUUCCAUCUGUACUGUGUACAUUGAAGUGCUUCCUCCAAAUAAUCAAAGCCCUCCUCGCUUCCCACAGCUGAUGUAUAGCCUUGAAAUCAGCGAGGCCAUGAGGAUCGGUGCAGUUUUAUUAAAUCUACAGGCGACUGAUCGAGAGGGAGACCCAAUAACAUAUGCCAUUGAGAAUGGAGAUCCACAGCGAGUUUUCAAUCUUUCAGAAACUACUGGAAUUCUAACCUUAGGGAAAGCCCUGGACAGGGAAAGCACUGACCGCUACAUUCUGAUCAUCACUGCUUCUGAUGGCAGGCCAGAUGGGACCUCAACUGCCACAGUGAAUGUGGUGGUGACAGAUGUUAAUGACAAUGCACCAGUGUUUGAUCCCUAUCUGCCCAGAAAUCUGUCAGUGGUAGAAGAAGAAGCCAAUGCCUUUGUGGGUCAAGUAAGGGCAGCAGAUCCUGAUGCUGGAAUCAAUGGCCAAGUGCACUACAGCUUGGGUAACUUCAACAAUCUUUUUCGCAUCACAUCCAAUGGGAGCAUUUACACAGCUGUGAAGCUUAACAGAGAAGUCAGGGACUACUAUGAACUUGUUGUUGUGGCAACCGAUGGAGCAGUACACCCUCGUCACUCAACUCUUACUCUGGCCAUCAAGGUUUUGGAUAUUGAUGAUAAUAGUCCUGUGUUCACCAAUUCAACAUACACUGUUGUUGUUGAAGAGAACCUGCCAGCUGGGACCACUUUCCUUCAAAUAGAGGCCAAAGAUGUUGACCUUGGAGCAAAUGUGUCUUAUCGGAUAAGAAGUCCAGAAGUGAAGCACUUUUUUGCACUACAUCCAUUUACAGGAGAACUCUCCCUUUUAAGGAGUUUGGACUAUGAGUCAUUUCCAGACCAGGAAGCAAGUAUCACUUUUCUAGUGGAGGCCUUUGAUAUUUAUGGAACAAUGCCGCCUGGUAUUGCUACUGUCACAGUGAUAGUAAAGGAUAUGAAUGAUUACCCUCCAGUGUUUAGUAAACGAAUCUACAAAGGAAUGGUUGCUCCCGAUGCUGUCAAGGGUACACCGAUAACGACUGUUUAUGCUGAAGAUGCAGACCCUCCUGGAUUACCUGCAAGCCGUGUGAGGUAUAGGGUAGAUGAUGUCCAGUUUCCCUAUCCUGCAAGUAUUUUUGAUGUAGAAGAAGAUUCUGGAAAAGUAAUAACUCGAGUUAAUCUUAAUGAAGAACCUACAACAAUUUUUAAGUUGGUCAUUGUUGCUUUUGAUGAUGGUGAGCCUGUGAUGUCCAGCAGUGCCACUGUGAAGAUUCUUGUCUUACAUCCAGGAGAAAUCCCACGGUUUACACAAGAGGAAUACAGACCUCCUCCAGUAAGUGAACUUGCAACCAGAGGGACUAUGGUGGGUGUAAUUUCUGCUGCAGCUAUCAAUCAGAGCAUUGUAUACUCCAUUGUUGCAGGAAAUGAAGAGGAUAAGUUUGGAAUCAAUAACAUCACAGGAGUAAUCUACGUGAAUGCCCCUCUGGAUUAUGAAACAAGGACAAGCUAUGUACUUCGAGUUCAAGCCGAUUCCUUGGAAGUAGUCCUCGCCAAUCUCCGAGUUCCUUCAAAAAGCAAUACAGCUAAAGUGUAUAUUGAGAUUCAGGAUGAAAAUGAUCAUCCCCCAGUGUUUCAGAAAAAAUUCUACAUUGGAGGUGUGUCUGAAGAUGCAAGGAUGUUUGCUUCUGUGCUAAGAGUUAAGGCGACUGAUAAAGAUACUGGUAAUUAUAGUGCCAUGGCAUACAGACUCAUAAUACCACCAAUUAAAGAAGGAAAGGAAGGAUUUGUGGUGGAGACAUACACAGGGCUUAUCAAAACAGCUAUGCUCUUCCAUAACAUGAGGCGGUCUUACUUUAAGUUUCAAGUCAUCGCAACUGACGACUAUGGGAAGGGACUAAGUGGCAAAGCAGAUGUUCUGGUCUCCGUGGUCAAUCAGCUGGAUAUGCAAGUCAUUGUUUCUAAUGUGCCCCCUACGCUAGUGGAAAAAAAGAUAGAAGACCUUACAGAGAUUUUGGAUCGCUAUGUUCAGGAGCAAAUUCCUGGUGCCAAGGUUGUGGUGGAGUCCAUUGGUGCUCGCCGGCAUGGUGAUGCCUUUUCUCUAGAAGAUUAUACCAAGUGUGACUUGACUGUCUAUGCAAUCGACCCCCAAACCAACAGAGCCAUCGACAGAAAUGAGCUUUUUAAAUUUUUAGAUGGCAAACUGCUUGAUAUCAAUAAAGACUUUCAGCCAUAUUAUGGGGAAGGAGGACGCAUUCUGGAGAUCCGGACUCCAGAGGCAGUGACCAGCAUUAAAAAGCGAGGAGAAAGUCUCGGCUAUACCGAAGGGGCCCUGCUGGCUCUGGCCUUCAUCAUCAUCCUCUGCUGUAUUCCUGCCAUCUUGGUGGUUUUGGUCAGCUACAGACAACGCCAAGCUGAGUGCAUCAAGACAGCUCGAAUCCAGUCUGCCCUGCCUGCGGCCAAACCAGCAGCGCCUGCCCCGCCACCGGUGGCCAUGGCCCCGCCACCCCUGCCGCCUCCCGGAGCUCAUCUCUAUGAAGAACUCGGGGACAGCACGAUGAGAGGUUAUACAUCAGAGCAACAACAACUGCUGAGGCCUUCUCUUCUUAAACCAGAGGAGUUAUCCAUGGAGUCUGGAAUUGAUCCUGGCCAGGAAUAUGGACAAGAUUAUUACAGUUAUGAGCAUGGGUAUGAAAUGCCUCAAUAUGGUAGUCGUCGUCGUUUGUUACCACCGGCUGGACAAGAGGAAUACGGUGAAGUGGUUGGUGAAGCUGAAGAGGAAUAUGAGGAGGAAGAGUGGGCAAGAAAAAGAAUGAUCAAGUUAGUUGUUGAUCGAGAGUAUGAAACUAGCUCAACUGGAGAGGACAGUGCUCCUGAAUGUCAGAGAACACGUCUUCAGAAUCCUAAUAUCCACAGUAAUGUCAAUGGCAAUAUAUACAUUGCACAGAAUGGUUCUGUGGUGAGAACCCGCCGAGCCUGCCUCACUGAUAAUUUAAAAGUUACUUCCCCUGUUCGACUGGGGAGACACUUUAAGAAACUAGACAAGUUGGCCGUGACACAUGAGGAGAACGUCCCCCUGAACACAUUAUCAAAGGGGCCAUUUUCUACUGAGAAAAUGAACACAAGACCAACUCUGGUUACGUUUGCCCCUUGCCACAUGGGGACUGACGGUACGGCAGUGAGGUCUUUGGGGAACAGGCUGAAAAGCACAGUUGAACAGGAAUCCGUGGUUGAGAGUAAGAACAUCAAGGAGGCUCUGGAAUUCCAUAGUGACCACACGCAGUCAGAUGAAGAGGAGCUGUGGAUGGGUCCCUGGAACAAUCUCCAUAUACCAAUGACAAAACUGUGACUGAUUUUUUAAAACGUUAUUUUAAUUUUUACUUCAGUUUUUAAUAAACUGCACUUUUUAUUGUCACUGACAAAACAACGUAUGGGGUUUAUAUCAUGCACACAAGCUAAAACUUUGAACACUAGGCUUUAAAGCUUAAAAAGAGACAGAUUUGCACUCACAUUUGUAUCAAUUAAUUGUUCUUCCCAGAAAAAUCUUUUUGGAUAGAUACUCAAUUCAUUGUAUAACAUCACUUAAACAUUUUGCUGUUGUGUUGGGUCUUUUUUUUUUCCUCAUUUUAAU